UCUCCACAAAAGAAAUACAGCGUGCAUUAGGUAUUCAGAUGUUGCUUUUCUUUAUCGUCUCUGAAAGAUGGUAACGGCGAGGAGUUUAAGAAAUGAAGAAUAAGGAACUAAAAUUGUUUUUUUAAUUUUGGAUCUAUGUAAGAGCGACUCAAUAUUUGGAAAAGGCUUGCAAUGUUGUUUUCCUGGCGAGAAGAUCCUGGAGCCCAGCGUCUGCUGCUCUCGCUCCUUCUCCUCGCAGCCUGGGAGGCAGGGAGCGGCCAGCUCCACUACUCGGUCCCCGAGGAGGCCAAACACGGCACCUUCGUGGGCCGAAUCGCACAGGACCUGGGGCUGGAGCUGGCCGAGCUGGUGCCGCGCCUGUUCCGGGUGGCGUCCAAAGACCGCGGGGACCUUCUGGAGGUGAAUCUGCAGAAUGGCAUUUUGUUUGUGAAUUCUCGGAUCGACCGGGAGGAGCUGUGCGGGCGGAGCGCGGAUUGUAGCAUCCACCUGGAGGUGAUCGUGGACAGGCCGCUGCAGGUUUUCCAUGUGGUGGUGGAGGUGAAGGACAUUAAUGACAACCCGCCAGUUUUUCCAACGGCAGUAAAAAAUUUGUUUAUUUCCGAAUCUCGACAGCCUGGCUCUCGGUUUUCGCUAGAGGGCGCAUCAGAUGCAGAUAUCGGAACAAAUUCAUUGUUAACUUACAACCUUGACUCCACUGAAUAUUUUACCUUGGACGUUAAAAGAAAUGAUGAGGAAAUUAAAUCCCUUGGACUUGUGUUGAAAAAACUUUUAAAUCGAGAGGACACUCCUAAACAUCAUUUACUAAUAACAGCAAUUGACGGUGGGAAACCAGAGCUCACGGGCACUACUCAAGUGAAGAUCACCGUUUUAGAUGUAAACGACAACGCCCCAGAGUUUGAGAGGACGGUCUACAAAGUUAGAUUAUUCGAAAAUGUACCAAAUGGUACUCUAGUGGUAAUCGUUAACGCCUCUGAUUUGGAUGAAGGCGUAAAUAAGGACAUCGUAUAUUCUUUCAACACAGACACGUCAGUAUAUGUUCUGUCGAAGUUCCACUUAGAUCCUGUGAAUGGGUACAUCAGUGUAAAGGGUAACAUAGAUUUCGAGGAAACUAAGUCAUAUGAAAUCCAGGUAGAAGCGACGGAUAAAGGAAAUCCCCCAAUGGCAGAUCAUUGCACGGUUCUAGUGGAAAUUCUGGACGUCAACGAUAAUGUACCUGAGUUGGUUAUCAAAUCACUAUCGUUACCAGUAUUAGAAGACUCUCCACUGGGCACAGUCAUCGCCCUGAUCAGCGUAUCUGACCGUGAUUCAGGUGUCAACGGACAGGUCACCUGCAACCUGACGACCCAUGUCCCCUUCAAACUGGUGUCCACUUUCAAGAAUUACUAUUCGCUGGUGCUGGACAGCCCCCUGGACCGUGAGAGCGUGUCAGCUUAUGAGUUGGUGGUGACCGCCCGGGACGGGGGCUCUCCUUCUCUGUGGGCCACAGCCAGCGUGUCCGUGGAGGUGGCCGACGUGAACGACAACGCGCCGGCGUUCCCACAGCCCGAGUACACGGUGUUCAAUCUGUUCAUCGCGGAAUCAAGGCCACUUGACUCUCGGUUUCCACUAGAGGGCGCCUCGGAUGCAGAUAUCGGGGAGAACGCCCUGCUCACUUACAGACUGAGCCCCAAUGAAUACUUUUCGCUGGAAAAACCAUCCGAUGAUGAGAGGGUAAAAGGUCUUGGGCUUAUAUUACGAAAAUCUUUAGACAGAGAAGAAACUCCAGAGAUUUUUUUAGUGCUCACCGUCACUGAUGGGGGCAAACCCGAACUAACUGGCACUGUUCAGUUACUCAUCACGGUACUGGAUGCCAAUGACAAUGCCCCAGUUUUCGACAGGACACUCUAUAAAGUGAAAUUACCAGAAAAUGUUACUAAUGGAACAUUGGUAAUUAAACUCAAUGCCUCAGAUUUAGACGAAGGAUUGAAUGGGGACAUUAUUUAUUCAUUCUCAAGUGAUACUUCACCGAAUGUGAAAUCCAAGUUCCACAUAGAUCCAGUUACUGGACAAAUUAUGGUAAAGGGAUAUAUUGAUUUUGAAGAAAGCAAAUCCUAUGAAAUUAUUGUAGAAGGCAUUGAUAAGGGACAGCUCCCACUCUCUGGCCAUUGUAGAGUUAUUGUGGAAGUAGAAGACAACAACGAUAAUGUCCCAGAUUUGGAAUUCAAGUCCCUGUCACUUCCAAUCAGAGAGGAUGCUCCAGUGGGUACAGUUAUUGCACUGAUCAGCGUGUCCGACCGGGACUCAGGUGCCAACGGACAGGUCACCUGCACACUGACGUCUCAUGUCCCCUUCAAACUGGUGUCCACUUUCAAGAAUUACUAUUCGCUGGUGCUGGACAGUGCCUUGGACCGUGAGAGUGUGUCGGCUUAUGAGUUGGUGGUGACCGCCCGGGACGGGGGCUCGCCUUCGCUGUGGGCCACAGCCAGCGUGUCCGUGGAGGUGGCCGACGUGAACGACAACGCGCCGGCCUUCGCGCAGUAA